GAUGGUGGGGCGUGUGUUUGCGUCGCCGUUUGUGUCCGUGGGCUUCGCUGAUUUCUGGUUGGCAGAUCAGUUCACCAGUUGUGUGUCGAUGUUUCUCGACUUUGAGUUCGGUAUCUGCCACUACGCGCUCUACUAUGCCGGACACCACCGCCUAGCGGAUAGCUCCACGUGCAGCAGCAAUCGAUGGCCCAUCCGCGCAUUCAUAUACGUUCUACCAGCCUGGUUCCGAUUCGCACAAUGCCUGAGACGUUACUUCGAUACGGGCUCAGCAUAUCCGCAUUUAGUAAACGCCGGCAAAUACACGGCCAGUCUUGUGGCUACAAUCUUCCUAAUACUCGAUCAGGUGU